AUGGCCGCGCUGCGCUUCGGGGAGCCCCCGGCCGAGCCGCCCGCCUUCCCCGCAGGUAGGUGGCCGGGGGGCGGCGGAGGGCCCGGCCCGGCCUCGCCCGCCCUCAGGGCGCUUCCCCCGUCGGAGCCGUCGGAGGGUGCGCCGGCGGUCUCGCAGCGUCGGAAGCGGACCAGCUUCACGGCGGCGCAGCUGGAGACGCUGGAGCUGGUGUUCCAGGACACCAUGUACCCCGACAUCUAUCUGCGGGAGAAGCUGGCCGACGCCACGCAGAUCCCCGAGUCCCGCAUCCAGGUCUGGUUCCAGAACCGGCGCGCCAAGUCCCGCCGCCAGCGGGGACCGCCCCGGCCCGGCCCCGGCCCCGCUGCCGCCGAGCCGCCGCCGGGCUUCCCGCGGCCGCCGCCGCGCUUCGGCGCCCUGCGCGGUCCGGAGCGGCCCCGCUGCGCGCUGCCCGGCGCGGCACAGCUCCUCCCGCUCAAGGAGGAGGGAGCGGCCCCCUACGAAUGGCCGCCGCCUGCCGCCUUCCCGCCCGGCCCCGGCUUCGAGGGGUUCGCGCCCGGCGGGGCCGAGGCCGCCUCCUUCGCGGGGUCGCCGGCGGCCGGGCCCUACCCGUCGGGCCGCGCUUUCUGCGGGCAGUACUCGCCCGUGUCGGACGCGGAGGACACCAGCGGCUACUCGGAGUCGGGCUCGGAGUGGGAGGAGAACGCGCUCGGCGCCUUCCGAGCCCUCUGA